AUGUUCAAAUUUGAUGUAUUGAAAACAGUAGGCAGCGGUGCUUCAGGGCUGAUACUAUUGGCUCGUGAAAAGGAAUCCCAUCGUUUGUUUGCUGUCAAGAAAUGCCAGAUACCCGAUCAGAGCAGUGAGUCUCCAGAAGUUCCUCAUAUUGAAGAGCGGUAUUUAUCCAAAUUGACCCAUCCCAACAUUGUAUCUUGUAUAGAAUCUUUUACAGAGGGUUCUUCUUUUUAUAUUGUGAUGGAAUAUGCGGCCGCUGGUGACUUGCAGAAGCUGAUCAAUCGGUUCGGUUCGGAAGGCAGGUUUAUUUCGUUUGGAGUUUUUUAUUUAGCUUUUUUGCCGAGUACGCAAUUCGUUCCAUCUUGUUUGAUUGUCUCAAUGCAUUGGGAUGUGUUCAUGACCAUGGAGUUGUUCACAGAGAUAUUAAACCGUCUAAUAUUUUGCUUUUCUGUGACGGAACCGUGA